AUGACCGCUACUCCCUCUCUGGCUCCAGCCGUGCCUCCUGCCCGUCCGCCAGUCCCACGCCCCAAAUCGGUUGCCUUUGAUACCGAGUCGCCGACCUCUGCCAAUAUGGCCUCUCCUACUCGCCGCCCUUUACGCUCUAAUGCUACCGAUCCCUUAUUCGACCGAGCGACUUCGCUUCUGAUACGUCGUACCCUCUGCUCCCCUCAGUUGGGGGAGAAGAGCCGCGAUUCGCAAGUGCCUAUAGACGAGCUACUUCCACCAUUGACUAGUCGCAACGAUGUCGACCUUCAGUUGUACGCCCUGCUCGCUAUUGUCAUGAGAGAAUUCGUGCAGAGCUGGUAUAGCAAAAUCACUACGGAUGAACAGUUUGUAUCAGAGAUAUUGCACAUUAUAGCCCACUGUUCCCGAGCAUUGGAACAGCGGUUCCGCAAGGUUGAUCUAGAGAGCCUAGUAUUGGAUGAGAUACCUGACUUGCUGGACAAGCACAUAACAUCAUACCGUAUCUCUCAUAGCCCUAUCGCCAGACAGCCUGUUGAGGUCGACCCUCGAGAGGCCUACCAUGCCAUGUGCCCUCUGCCACACCUCGCACCAGUCCCCCACCCAGAUUGCCCAGACACGAUAUCCGACCAGAAGGAGAAUGAAGCAUUGUAUCGCCAAUUGCUGGUUCAGGGCGUCCUCGCGAUCCUAUUGCCCACGGAAGACCUCGAGAACCCUUGUCUUACGUCUCUCGUUGAACAGAUCUUUUCAGAGCUUAUAAUUGGUAACGUUAUAGCCAAUAAGGCCUCUCAGCCAUGGAUGCUGUAUGAGGGCAUCUGCAUCACGGCCAGGGUCUUGCGACAGAGAAAAGACGAAGGGGUAGUGGUUGCAGAGACCCAAAACGAUGCCGGUGGGCCCAAGGUUGACGUAAAAGGCCGUCGCAGCUGGUCUGUAAGGUCUAUGUUCCUUGCUGUUAUUCAGCUUGGGAUGGUGGUAGUCGCCUCGCUCCGGUUUAUCACGACUGCUCUGGUGAUGGCAUCGUCCCUCCCUGCUAGGGCCACGCCCUUGGAUGAGAAAGAAGCUUUGUUGGAUCACGACAAGUCUCCGCCGAGGUCAUUCGACCCUGUUAAGGCGCCGAUCCUGUCGUGUCGAGUAUGGACAUGCCUUGGAAAUCUGUUUGAGCUCAGCUUGCGCAUGCCUUGGCUGGAUGGAUUUCUAUCACUUUUACAAUACGGCGCGGUCAACGGACCUGGACGAAUCGCUGGCCACGAUGGCCCUAUUGACAGACAGUAUUCAUCUCGCAUGAGUCUGAAGUCACUGGACCUCCUGAAGCUCCAGCAUGGUCAAACGGCCCGCCUUGUCUUGGGAGCGGCCCAUGCCGUCUAUGACCUCGUCCAAACCGCCAUCUUCACAAGCCCACGCAACCCACAGCCCACAAUUUCAACACGAGGACUAUCAAACCAAGGCGAGACCUUUUUUCUUGUCAUGUUCCUCGGUGUCACGAUCACGAUUGAUAUGGGUCUUGGGAUUUGGGCUUUCAGCCAAUCGAAAGACAUAGCGCUGUCUUUGACACCUGAUUGCUUGACAUGGUGCACGAAGCUAGGCCUUUUCAUCCAGCGAAAUGUCAAGAUUACGCGCCCUGCCCAUGUCAGCUUCUCCAAGGGGACCACCCGCUCUUUGACGAUGCAGCAAUGA